AUACUUGGAAACAGAUUUCUGGAAAUUGACAGUUUUGUUUCCUUCCUUGAAUCUUUUAUAACUUUUAUCUAAAGUCAUUGAUUAUCUUAACCGAUUUUAAUGCCUAAAGUUUCCUUAAUAUGACAGUUGAUUAACUCAAGACAGAUCUUGUGUGCUUGAGUUAGAUCAAUAUAUGGACUUAAGAAGAGGUUUUCUUGUGUUCCAGAAAUGACUGCCGAUCAUGGCACAUUAGCCUCUCUACUCUGAAGUAGGAUGCCAUGCCAGGAGCCUAGAAUUUGGGAAUGUCUAAUCUUGGCUUGUUGCCAAAUAUAGAUACGUUGCAGAUGGGAAGAAGCUUCUUGUACACAACUUUCUUUUCCAACUUUUACACAAGCUAAAUCGAGUAACAUGAUCUGCAGCGCAGACUUAGUUGUAAUUUCAGUCCCAUAUUUCUGAUGGGAAGCAGACCCCAAUUUCCAGUUAAACUCCUGGCCAAAGCAAGUAGAUUGAUGGUGGCUGUCCUCCCUUAGCUGACUCUUAAGACAGGGCAAAAUAAGAAGGUGAUUCAUCACUUCCUGCUUAGUUUGUCCAGUCCCUCACCUUCUCAUGACACUCUGGCUUAAUAUGUCUUUUGUGUUAGAGCAACAUAUGGCUAAUGUUCUGGGAACGCUUGCAACAUUGCGCAUGUGGAACCAGUUAACAAAAAUAUACAUGCAGCAUGUUAAAGCUGGCUGCGGUCCCCUUGGCUUGCACGUUAGCACUAAGUGAUUUAAUCUCUGCAGUAAGUCCUUUAAAAUAACCAGUAGCAAUUAAAAUGGGGUCUUUAAAAGUCCUAAGUACACCUUUUGGUUUCUUUUUAUUAGAAUAAUAUAGCCGGGGGACGUGAUGAACUACUUGGAAGGUAUACCUUUCAGAGUGACCGUAAGCUUUGUGGACGAUCCUGUGGGAGACGCCAACUCUGCCGACCAGCCGCAGAUUGAACUGCCCAAAUGGGCAGAGGUUUUAACGUGCACAAUGCAUGAUUUUUCACUAGAGAAAAAGGUCCUUUACUGGAUCGACUCGGCCUUGCGGCAAGAGAUUCCCUGGUUUAACAGGACCUCGAAUAUGUAUCCCACAGCCCCUCCUUGUUGGCUUCUGUUGGUGGACUCUAAAGAAAACCUGGCCAGCAGCCACAAGGCAACAAGUUGCAAAACCAAAGAAAUGAUCCGUGUCCAAAGCUGUAUGAAUCUGGGCACCAAGUUUGAGAGGCUCCACUGCCCUGGCCGCAGAGAGAAGACGACGGAAAGGGAGGACUUAGGCCAGCGUCCUGAGGAGCAGGAAGGCUCAGAAGGCAAGGAGUCUUCCUCAACCACCUCUGAAGAACCUGACAGUGAAGAACAUUUAGCACCAAUGCCCGAUGCUCUACUUCUGCCUUUCGACCUUCCCCAAAGCAGGCCGAAGACUUCCCCAGGGCAUCUAACUGCUGCAUCAGAAAGCGCUUGCCCAAGAUCCCUUUCGGGCAAGCCGAGGCAAUCCACGUAUUUUUUAGACAAUGUGAAGAACGAGUUGGAAGGCGCCAAGAAGAAGCUGUUGGCGGUCAUGCAUCCCUUAAACCGAACCGCCACAGAUUCUGCCUUGGUUUCUAAGGCUUUCUCUCUCCACCAGCACUCCAGAAGCAGCAGGAACUUUCGAUUCGGAGCCGGUUCCCCUCCUCGCUUAGCACAAACUUUAAUCCCCACCCCACCACCACCUACUUCCUGUUGUAAGCCAAGUCGUUCAGCAGGGCUUAUCGGCCCCAUCCAACACCAUAAACCCACCAUGGCGUCCCUCAGCCCGUAUUCCUGCCUCCCACCCCCACCAGGGACCCAGCAACCUCUUAGUCCCCACAGAGCUCACCCGGACUCCACCACCGAUCUGCUCUCGGUGCUGAGCCAAGAGGAGCGCGAACUGAUUGAGCCGGUGGUAGCCUUGGGUUAUCCGAUACGCCGUGCGAUCCUUGCUCUGCAGAAGACCGGGAGACAAAGCUUAGGACAGUUUCUCAGUUAUCUCAGUGCCUGCGACAGACUUCUGAAACAGGGUUACGAAGAGGCCCAGGUGAUAGAAGCAAUGGAAAUGUUCCAGAACUCGGAGAAAAAAGCGUUAGAAUUCCUUCGCCUCUUAGCCCAAUUCAACGACAUGGGCUUCCGACAAGCUGACAUCAAAGAAGUCCUCCUGUUGUGUGAAAACCACCGAGACAGGGCCCUGGAGGAGCUCAUGACACAAAGCCAAUGAAAGCGGCCCAGCAUCCUCCCCUCCCCUCCCUUCCUCUCCCCUCCCGAGUCUGUAAAUAUUGCACUCUCUCAAACCUUACGAUUCUCUUUAAUCACCAUUCGGAAAGUUUAUCUUUGUGAUUUGUUCUAAUCUCUUUUUUUUUUAAAAGCUUCUUGUUAUUGAACCAUCCCUGGAUAAACAUGGGGAUGUACAAGCCAGCAUGAAUGACUUGAUUCUAGUUGGUUCCUAUGGUGCCUGAAAGGCUUUGUUUAUUAUUAUUGUCUCUUUUAUUCAUUAAACAUGAAACUCAGUCAACUGAACAUUUAAAAAUGUAUCACAAAUACCA